CUUGUCCUGUUUUCCCCUCGAACACGUGAAGAGAAGCAUGGGCAGGAAAUCUUGAGCGAAGAAUAAAACAUAUUUCAUAUUUUUUUUCAUAUUUAUAAUUAUUGCGCAUGUUAUAACGUGACAAUUUCAAACAAGCUGCACGUCGAUUUUUAUCGAUAUAACUGUCAAGCAUUUGCUAUUUAAGGUCGCUAGCCAGCAACUUAUUUCAGGAGUUGGUGCAAGUGCUAACGUUAUCAGAAACCUAGCACACUUUGCUAACUUUUUCGAAGCAUGGCUGACACAGAAGAACAUACGGUGGACCUUCAUGGGGAUGAAGAAAUAAUCGAGGUCAUCGAUUUAAACGAAAACGAGCCAACAGCAGAUGAUUUGGCUGAGGAGUUUGAAGAUGUGGACUUCGACGAGGCUGGAGGCGAAGAUGACGAGGGAUGGGAGACGGAGGAUGAAGAGAUGGAAGCAGACCAAGACGACAGUGAACUCACCUUUUCCAAACAUACGGGGUCAGUGUUCUGCGUAAGUUUGGACCCAGCAACAAACAGCUUAGCGGUGACAGGCGGUGAGGACGACAAAGCCUACGUGUGGCGAGUUACUGACGGAGAGGUCGUAUUUGAGUGCACAGGCCACAAGGACUCGGUCACAUGCGUGUCCUUCAGCCACGACUCCAAGCUGGUGGCGACGGGCGACAUGAGCGGCCUGAUCAAGGUGUGGAAGGUGGAGACCAAGGAGGAGGUCUGGUCCUUUGAAGUGGGAGACCUUGAGUGGAUGGAGUGGCACCAGUGUGCCCCCGUCCUGUUGGCGGGCACGGCGGACGGCAGCGUGUGGAUGUGGAAGGUGCCGGGCGGGGACUGCAAGACCUUCCAGGGGCCGGGGUGCCGGGCCGCCUGCGGGACCAUCCUGCCGGACGGGAAGAGAGCCGUGGUUGGCUACGAAGACGGCGCCGUUCGAUUCUGGGAUCUCAAACAGGGCAACCCUAUCCAUGUCCUCAAAGGCAAUGAUGGCCACCAGGGGGCGCUCACCUGCAUGGCAUCUAACAAAGACGGGAGCCUGGUGCUGACGGGCUCGGUGGAUGGCUGCGCUAAGCUCAUCAACACUACCACAGGGAAGGUUGUCGGGGUGUUCUCCAUAGAGGACGGCAAGGCCGCGGGUUCGGAGGACUCAAACUCGGUGGAGUCUGUGGGCUUCUGCAAAGUGUUGCCUCUGAUCGCGGUGGCUUACCUGGACGGCACGCUGGCGAUCUAUGACAUGUCCACACAGCAGCUGAGGCACAGGUGCCAACACAAGGCGGGCAUUGUGCAGUUGCAGUGGGAGGAGGGCUCCUCCAUGGUGGCCACAUGCAGUUUGGACGGGGCGGUGAGACUGUGGGACGCUCGCUCGGGGAGCCCGGUGUCUGAAUACCGGGGACACAGCGCCGAAAUCCUGGACUUCACACUCAACAGAGAGGCCUCUCUGGCCGUCACAGCCUCUGGAGAUCACCAGGCCAAGGUCUUCUGCCUGCAGAAGCCGGACCGGUAGCGAGGGGCGGCACCGUAACCCAGACCCUUCCCCCCGAUCGCCCCUUCUUACAGACCCCACGGUCUCCACGGGGCACAGGGGACCGCCCCUGCAUCUGCCAAUCAAGUCCGCCGGAACGCCGUGAUUGGUUAGGAUUAGCGAGCCGCUGGGAAUGGCGGGCAGUGCGUGACUAGAUUCUGACGCUGUGGUCUGUGAUUUGUGGUUUGUGGGGGUGGCCUGAGCUCUGAUUGGAUUAGGGCCUGAGGAGGCGGGGUUGCUGUCACUCACAGCUGACAUGCCUCAUUGACAGUUAAAUUGAUAAUUUAAAUAUUAUCCAUGCAUUUUUGAUUUUAUCACCAGCCACAGAUAUUUAAUAUUUUGAAAUACAUGGUGUUGUAACUGAUGUAAAAAUGAAUUUGUGACCGGAACAAAAUGACUGUACAAAAUGAUCAUUGUAACAAUAUUCAACUAGAUACUUUUCAGUAUUUGUAUGGAACUUGUUUUUUUUUUUUUAACUUUACGUGAUGCAACGAUGUAAACUCAAUUUCGCAUAAAUACAUUUAGACUGUCUUAUAGCAGAAACCAUUAAAUGAGUUUAAGUCA